UCACUUAAUAAAUUUAGACGACAACAGUAAACCACAGCGUGGCAAUCAUAUCUUAAACUCACUUUUCAGUUAAAGUCGCUGACUCAAGGAUCCAAGGUACAAUAAUUGUAUUGGUACAGAUUUUUGCAAGACAAAGUAAACACAAAGUAAUGAUUGUAUGUUAUAAUAAAACAAGUUGAGAUGAUGGAAAUCUACCACACACUGACAUGGAUUUUUGGAGCACUUCUACUAGUCGCUAAAGUUUCCCCAGAACGAUCCCAUCAACUUAUAGGAUCUGAGUUUGUCACGGAGACUGUGCAUAAUUAUCUUCAGUGUCAGAGUUUGUGUGAUCGCCGGUCUCUGUGUAAAUCGGUCAAGUACAAUACCAGGACAAGAGAGUGUACGCCAAAUUACCGUGACGUCAAAUCCUCCAAUAUGCCUUUGGCUCCUGUUGAAUCCUGGGUAAUAUUUGAAGACAAAUCUGCAAAGCAGGUGGGUAGAGUUUGUCGCAGCAAACCGUGUGCGGGGAACCAGGUGUGUGUGCAGCUUGGAUCGAAAGGAAAUUGUCUUACAGAAGAUAUUGAUUGUGGGGAGCCUCCCGUUGUUCCAAAUGUCAUCAGAUCUAAGAAUGGGACAAAGUUUAAUUCAGUAGCCAAAUACAGUUGUGACGUAGGUUACGUUAUGUCUUACGGAACCAUGACGUCAUCCACGUGUGAAUCGACUGGAAAAUGGACGUCAGUGAACAUGACAUGUACUGAUAUUGAUUGUGGGGAGCCUCCAGUUGUUCCAAAUGUCACCAAGUCUAAGAAUGGGACAAAGUUUAAUUCAGUAGCCAAAUACAGUUGUGACUUUGGUUACGUCAUGAGAAUAUCGCAGGAGAUAUCGCAAAUUAUAGUGCCAGCGAUAGUUCCUACAAAGGACUUUAAUGGGUGA